GAAAAACAAGAAUUCUAUAAAUCUAAUGUUUUCGUAGCUUUCGUGUUGCAAACACCCACGAGUUGUAAUGGAAUGGGGCCCGAAAUCUUUCGAACUGAUUAAAAAGAUCAAUGAUGUUCAAGCUAGGCUUUUUGUUUCGGAACUGGCCGUCGUAAUCAAAGAUGCGUACCCUAUUGCAGCCGUUCAUUUUUUGGUUCUGCCAUGGAAAGAUAUUGAUUCUGUGUACGAUUUGACGAUCGGCGAUAUUUCGUUGUUGCGGCAUAUGGAAGAACUGGGCUGGAAGGCAGUAACUUCUACGGGAUUACCAAAAGAAAGUUUCGAUUUUGGAUACCAUCAAAAACCGUCUCAACGGCGGCUCCAUUUGCACGUUGUGUCGAAAGAUUAUCAUUCUCCAUUCCUAAAGGAUCCUUUUCGCUGGAAUGCAUUCCACACUGAUUUUUUCAUUAAACUCGACCAUAUCUUAGCGACACUACACAUGAACGGCAAAAUGAAAAAACCCUCUCACGAACAUAUUUACGCGCUGCUUGUGAGCCCUCUUCGUUGCAAUCAAUGUCCCCAUGCACCAAAAACCUUCCUCAAACUAAAGGCGCAUUUGGAGCAACAUACUGAAGAAAAACAGGGCAACGCCUAAUAAUCGAUGAUGCUCCUUGUGGUAAUUUUAUUGUGAUGUAUGAAAAUACUUAGAAAUUAUGUAUUUUGUAUAAUAUAAUUUAAUGUAUAAUAUGUGAUU